AUGAAGUUGUUCACUUGGAUCUCGUUGACUGCCCUUCUCGGGGCCACUGGGGCGUGGAAACUGAAGGCCGGAAACCAGGAAUGGAGCGGAACGACUCUACCAAAUCCCGCGUGUCAAUCUGUUUUGAUCCCGAGAGGCGCGCAGAUCAGCUGGAAGGGAUCUCAUGGGGCCACUACUGUACAAUUCUUCAAUACGAAAGGCAGCUGCAAGCAGGUGUAUCGCACGGUGGCUGGACAGGGCGAUAUCAAUGCCUCCAACACUCUAUAUGGAUUCAUGGUCAAGCCAUAA